AGGCGGCUGAGGCGGCUGAGGGGGCUCGGCGGCUGAGAGACGGCGGUGGCUCAGGAGGCGCGGCGUCGCCGACUCCGCUCGGAACCAUGAAGUUGAAAAAGUCGAGCCCGAAGCCCUCUAGCUAUAUCAAGUUUCAGACAAAGGGGAUCAAAGUGGUGGGGAAGUGGAAGCAGGUGAAGAUUGACCCCAGCCUCUUUGCCGAUGGCCAGAUGGACGACUUGGUGUGCUUCGAGGAGCUCACAGAUUACCGACUGGUCUCCCCGGCCAGGAACCCCAGCAGUCUCUUCUCAAAGGACGAGCCCAGGAAGAGAAAGGCGCGGGCCGUGUCCCAAGAGGAGGAAGGUGACUCGAGCUCCCCGAAGAAGAAGAUCAAGCUGAAGAGGAGUAAGGGUAUAGUCCCUGAAGGAGCCAGCGCCCAGCAAGAGCUCCAAGCCCAGGAGGCCGAGCCCGAGGAGGAGUGCCAAGCAGGCGGUGGCGGCCGACCUGAGCCCCAAGCAGAAAGCCUUUCCCACACUCUCCCGAAAAAGAAGACAAAGAAAGGGAGCCCCCAGCUGGCGCCUUCCCAGAGCACUGGCCCCAAGGGACCCAAAAAGGCCAAGACGUGGGUGGCCGAGGCGCACGACCACAAGGCAGACGUGUCAGCAUGGAAGGACCUGUUUGUGCCCAAGCCAGUUCUGCGGGCACUCAGCUUUCUCGGCUUCUCUGCACCCACCCCCAUCCAAGCGCUGACCCUGGCACCUGCCAUCCGCGACAAGCUGGACGUCCUGGGGGCUGCAGAGACAGGAAGUGGGAAAACUCUUGCCUUUGCCAUCCCCAUGAUUCACGCAGUGUUGCAGUGGCAGAAGGGAAAUCCUACCCCCGUUGCAAAUAAUGGUGGGAUGCCACCCAGCGAGACCGGAACCACCAUGGAAGCCGAGGCUGGAUCCCCAAGCGAGUUGGCAGCUGAGCCUGGGCUGGAGGGAGAAGCCCAGCCUGCUGGGGCUGAGGUGGGAGUCAGGCCCGGAUCCAGCGUCUCGGCCCAGACCCCACUGCUCUGUGACGAUGACGCUGGGGAAGGGCCUUCAUCCUUGAUCCAGGAGAAACUGGGCUCCACCCAGAAUGAGGAUGAGGAGGAGCAGCUUGAUGAAGAGCAGAGCGGGAAGUUCCAGCAGGAAUGGAAGGCACGUCCAGAGCGCCCCCUGCUUGGCCUGGUUCUGACUCCCACUCGAGAGCUGGCUGUGCAGGUCAAACAGCACAUUGAUGCCGUGGCCAAGUUCACAGGAAUUAAAACUGCCAUUUUGGUUGGUGGAAUGUCCACGCAGAAGCAGCAGAGGAUGCUGACCCGCCGGCCAGAGAUUGUGGUCGCCACACCAGGCAGGCUGUGGGAGCUGAUUAAAGAAAGGCACCCCCAUUUAAGCAACCUUCGGCAGCUCAGGUGCCUGGUCGUGGAUGAGGCUGACCGAAUGGUGGAAAAGGGCCAUUUUGCUGAGCUCUCCCAGCUGCUGGAGAUGCUGAAUGACACGCAGUACAACCCACAGAGACAGACCCUGGUGUUUUCGGCUACAUUGACCCUGGUGCAUCAGCCACCCGCCCGACUCCUUCAUAAGAAGCACACUAAGAAAAUAGACAAGACUGCCAAGCUUGACCUCCUCGUGCAGAGGGUUGGCAUGAGGGGUAAGCCAAAGGUCAUCGACCUCACAAGGAACGAGGGCACGGUGGAGACCCUGACGGAGACAAAGAUCCACUGUGAGACUGACGAGAAAGACUUGUACCUCUACUACUUCCUGAUGCAGUACCCGGGCCGGAGCCUGGUGUUUGCCAAUAGCAUCUCCUGCAUCAAGCGGCUCUCCGGGCUGCUCAAAGUCCUGGACAUCAUGCCGCUGACGCUGCACGCCUGCAUGCACCAGAAGCAGAGGCUCCGGAACCUGGAGCAGUUCGCCCGUCUGGAAGACUGUGUUCUGUUGGCAACAGAUGUGGCUGCUCGGGGUCUGGAUAUUCCUAAGGUCCAGCAUGUCAUCCAUUACCAGGUCCCUCGCACCUCGGAGAUUUAUGUCCACCGAAGUGGUCGAACGGCGCGUGCCGCUAGUGAAGGCCUCAGCCUGAUGCUGAUAGGGCCUGAGGAUGUGACCAACUUUAAGAAGAUCUACAAAACUCUCAAGAAAGAGGAAGACAUCCCCCUGUUCCCCGUGCAGACCAAGUACAUGGAUGUGGUCAAGGAGCGGAUUCGUCUAGCUAGACAGAUUGAGAAAGCUGAAUACCGGAACUUCCAGGCUUGUCUGCACAACUCGUGGAUUGAACAGGCAGCGGCUGCCCUGGAGAUUGAGCUGGAAGAAGACAUGUAUAAGGGAGGAAAGGCUGACCAGCAAGAAGAGCGGCGGCGGCAAAAGCAGAUGAAGGUCCUCAAGAGGGAGCUGCGCCACCUGCUCUCGCAGCCCCUGUUCAAGGAGGAGCUGAAGACCAAGUACCCCACACAGUCCGGCAGGCUGCCCCUCUUCGUGUCUGCCCCCAAGUGUGGGGAGUCUGCGUUGAGUUGCCUCUCCAAACAGAAGAGGAAGAAGAAGGCGCACAAGCAGCAGCCGGAGCAGCCGCAGCCCAGCACGAGUGCACAGUAGUGGCCCGGUCAGCGUGUUGGCGUCCACUCUCUGCUUGUGUGUGUGAAAGUCUUUCUCCCUUGCUUUCCAGUCCACCACCUGCUACAGAUAGAAAAUCUCCCAUUCUUCCACACCAGCUUGAACAGGAGAGACCGCCUGCAGAUUUGUGUUGUUUGGGGGUAAGCAUUCAGUGCAGCAGCUUAAUAUUCCUGCAUUCCAGUGUUGACAGGCUUCUUGUGUGUUCAUUGCCAUCAUCUGAAUUAAAACCAAUGGGCAAAACCAAAA